GCGCGCGCGCUUUUAAGAUAUUAUAUUGAUAAAUUUAAUAAGCAUCUUAUUUCUAGUUAGAAUUAGCUCUUACAGUCGAAGAAACUAGGCUGGGUCAAUAAAGAAAAAUUUUUUUUGGCCAUUUCCAAAAUAAAUUGGGACAGGAUUGCAACAUUGGGACACCAACAUGAAAAUGGGACAUUGUCGUCGGCUCGCCGGAAUGAGCCGAGACCACCAUAAUGGUGGUGGCGGUUUGUCGUUUGAAGACGGUGGGGCGAUCAUUGUCAUUCCAUAUAGACUGAGCUAUCAAGAAUUGCAGAUCUACGAAGGAUUGGUUUUAGCUGAAAGUGCAAUACUCCGUCACCAAAGACCACUAGAGGCAUCUUGCUGCUGUUUCCAUUUUCAAAACAGACUUUGUUGUUUCUGCUAUGUUGACACUUUCUUGGAUGGCUUUUUGGGAACUAAGGUAGUUCAACCAUUUAAUCUUAGAAGUUUCAAGGCCAUAGAAAUUAAGCAAAGUAUUCAUGUGCUACAGCAUGACAAGCGACGUAUGUCAGUGGCCACCGUGAUAAGAGACAAAAGGAUCCCGUCUUCCUGGGGUCUACAGUACAUGGACGGAAAUGCUUAUCCAUCUCUUCGCUUAUAA